UCUCUCUUCCUCUCUCUCUCUAUAAGAAUCUGCUCUUACCUGUCGUUAAGACGCAAUGUUACGAAAACCUUUCCAUGGAUGGAGGAGGAUCAAGCAAGAAAUCCAGAAAUUGACAGCCUUUCGCGCGCCUUCACCUUACCUUAACCCGGUUCGUGAAUGGCCCAGCUCGGCCACUAACCCCACUCCACUCAUCUCGGUCUCUCCUCUCCCACCCCAGUCUCACUUUCGUUUUACCCACCACGAAAGUCUCUCUACCAGCUGCCUCGCGACUGGGCCAUCCGCUGCCGCUUACUACUCUCGUGCGCCCGUGCCCGAUCCCAAUACCCACUUCGAGGAUCCGAUUCUCGAUGUGAAGAGUCCGAUAGAGAGCUCCGAUGACCAGAGGGAGAAUGGCGGCGACGGCGAGGGAUUCGGUCGCAGGAGGACGCUUCCCGGGGAACGCGUGUUACUCUUCACGUGCGUGUCCGGGGACGACGGCAAGUGCUCCGUGUACGUGGUCGAGACCAAACAUAACUCUCAGGGAUUAUGUAGAGAAGAAACCACGAUGAUCUUUUCCCUGGAACGAAAUGUGAGAUCUUUGAUAAUAUGCCCGCACGAUUUGGUUACGCUUGAAUCGCUGAAGCAAAAUCCAGAGGUUGUUAAUAAGCUUGAGGUAUAUCCCGGAGAUAUGUAUGAUGUAGCGAAGGAACAACUAAUGAAGUAUGGUGGCCAAGUUAUGCCUCUCAAAGAACAAGUUGCUAAUAUGCUUGAGGUCUAUCUCGGAUGUGGGUUUCGUGUAUCAUAUGAAAAAGCAAUGGAGUAUGGCUACGGGUUUAUGGUGCAUCAUUUCCCAUUACAAGUUGCCCUGUGUAGUGAAAAGCAACUCUCGACAAAGAUAUCUUUAAUUGAAGCAUCACUUAUGUUUGAAACGACUGACAUUCUGGUUGGUCCUUGGAAAAGACGGGCCGUUCCAUCAAGAUGCUCUUGUCUGUGGCGUCUUUGCUUGUUGCAUUUGCUCAAGUGGAUCCAAUCUGGUAUCUACGUUGGAUGGAAGAAAUGAAACGAGAGGCAAUUCUGUUGGACAACCUCUGGGGACGGGCAAGGUAGGCAUAAUGAAGAUAGAUCAAAUAGGGAUUGGUAGGUAACUGUAGUGUAGUUGUAGGAGAUGAAGUAUUGUUGAACAGCUCAGCUCGUUCAAAAUUGUCUGAUGAGAACACAAAUUCUCUAUUAAAAUUUACAAGAGACGUCCAAGGAAUGCUAUCAUGAGCUUUUGUCAGGAUAGGGUGAAGAUGUGGAAACCACUGCAUAUUUAA